UACCUGAAAACAACCAUGGAGUGGAAAGCACUUCCCAUUUACUUGUUGCCGUUGCUUUCUCUUUUCUUGAUUCAGCAAGUUUCUUCUCAAGAUUUACCAAGCUGUGCAGGGAGAUGUGGGGAAGGGUAUUCUAGAGAUGCCCCCUGCAACUGUGAUUAUAACUGUCAACACUACAUGGAGUGCUGCCCUGAUUUCAAGAAAGUCUGCACUGUGGAGCUUUCCUGUAAAGGCCGCUGCUUCGAGUCCUUUGCAAGAGGGCGGGAGUGUGACUGUGACGCACAAUGUAUGAAGUACGGCAAGUGCUGUUCAGAUUAUGAGGAUUUCUGUGCAAAAGUGCAUAACCCCACAUCACCACCAUCUUCAAAGACCGCACCUCCGCCUGCAGAUGCUUCUCAGGUCAUCAAAUCAACAACCAAACGUUCACCCAAAUCAACAACCAAACGUUCACCCAAAUCAACAAACAAGAAGAAGACUAAGAAAGUUGUAGAAUCAGAGGAAAUAAUGGAAGAACAUUCAGUUUCUGAAAAUCAAGAGUCUUCCUCCUCUUCCUCUUCCUCUUCAACUAUUCGGAAAUUCAAGUCUUCCAAAAAUUCAGCUGCUAAUAGAGAAUUAAAGAAGAAACCCAAAGUAAACGAUAACAAGAAGAAACAAACUCCUAAAAAAAAACCUACCCCAGAACCAGCAGUUGUAGAUGAAGAUGGAAGUGGACAGGACACUGGCGAUGUCAAGAUCACCCCAACUCCUGACAGUCCUACCACCCAAAGCAAUAAGGUUACCACAACUUCUGAGACCACGACAACAGUAACAACAACAAAUUCUAAACCCAGUCUUCCAUCUAAAUCUGAAACAACCAAAGAGACAACUUCAACAGUCAAUAAGGAGACAACGGUUGAAACUAAAGAGACUUCUGUAACAAGGAAACAGACUUCGGCUAGUGCAACAGAGAAGACCAUUUCAGCUAAAGAGACACGAAGCGCAGAGAAAACAACUGCCACAUCCGAAGGUGCCAAGUCUACAUCUGAAGCUGAAACUACAACUGCUCCCACCACCCCUCCAAAGUCUGCUCCCACCACCACUAAGGCGCCUACACCCACUACCCCCAAAGAGCCUGCUCCCACCACCACCAAGGGGCCUGCUCCCACCACCACCAAGGGGCCUGCUCCCACCACCACCAAGGGGCCUGCUCCCACCACCACCAAGGGGCCUGCUCCCACCACCACCAAGGGGCCUGCUCCCACCACCACCAAGGGGCCUGCUCCCACCACCACCAAGGGGCCUGCUCCCACCACCACCAAGGGGCCUGCUCCCACCACCACCAAGGGGCCUGCUCCCACCACCACCAAGGGGCCUGCUCCCACCACCACCAAGGGGCCUGCUCCCACCACCACCAAGGGGCCUGCUCCCACCACCACCAAGGGGCCUGCUCCCACCACCACCAAGGGGCCUGCUCCCACCACCACCAAGGGGCCUGCUCCCACCACCACCAAGGGGCCUGCUCCCACCACCACCAAGGGGCCUGCUCCCACCACCACCAAGGGGCCUGCUCCCACCACCACCAAGGGGCCUGCUCCCACCACCACCAAGGGGCCUGCUCCCACCACCACCAAGGGGCCUGCUCCCACCACCACCAAGGGGCCUGCUCCCACCACCACCAAGGGGCCUGCUCCCACCACCACCAAGGGGCCUGCUCCCACCACCACCAAGGGGCCUGCUCCCACCACCACCAAGGGGCCUGCUCCCACCACCACCAAGGGGCCUGCUCCCACCACCACCAAGGGGCCUGCGCCCACCACUCCCAAGGAGCCUGCGCCCACCACUCCCAAGGAGCCUGCGCCCACCACUCCCAAGGAGCCUGCGCCCACCACUCCCGAGGAGCCUGCGCCCACCACUCCCGAGGAGCCUGCGCCCACCACUCCCGAGGAGCCUGCGCCCACCACUCCCGAGGAGCCUGCGCCCACCACUCCCGAGGAGCCUGCGCCCACCACUCCCGAGGAGCCUGCGCCCACCACUCCCGAGGAGCCUGCGCCCACCACUCCCGAGGAGCCUGCGCCCACCACUCCCGAGGAGCCUGCGCCCACCACUCCCGAGGAGCCUGCGCCCACCACUCCCGAGGAGCCUGCGCCCACCACUCCCAAAGAGCCAGCGCCCACCACUCCCAAGGACCCCACUCCAACUUCUCCUGAGACACCUGUUCCAACCACUUCAGAGGCCUCUACUCCAGCUACCACCAUGGAGCCUCCCAUUCCAACCAAGAACCCUGAUGCAUCAACACCCGAGUUUCCUGCAAAACCCACACCAAAGGCUCUUGAAAACAGUCCCAAGGAGCUUGCUGUAUCUACAACCAAGACUACAAUCACUUCUGAAGUGACCAAGCCUGCAAUGACUACCACAGCUAAGGAUAAGACAACAGAAAAAAGCACACACACCACAACUAAAAUUACAACCACUGCAUCUGAGAGUACAACAAAAGAGACAGCAACCCCGACAGAAGAAAAAACCACUGAAUCCAAAAUGACAAGUACAACCGUGCAGGCAAUGUCUACCACAGCCAAGGAUUCCACCACAUCAUCCGAAGUUGCUCAUGAGGAAACAACUGUCGCACCCAAAGUAAUGACUGCAACAAAAAAGACAACUACCACAACCGAAGAGACCAUGGAUACAUCUGAAGUAACGACAGCUACAGCAAAAGAUACAGCUACUAAUUCUAAAGUGACAACUACUGACCUCCCAAACCCAACCGAAGCACCCCAAAUACUCACUUCUACCAAAAAGCCAAACACUACACCUAAAGUGAGACAACCAAAGCCUACGCCAAGUCCCCCAAAGAUGACUUCGUCGACAGUGCCUACACCGAACUCUGCCCCUUCAGGGGAGGGCAUACUGCAAACCACCACCGGCCCUAACCAAGCUCCUAACUCAGAGACAGUUGAAGAAAAUCCGAAGAAUGAAGGUGAAGAUGCAGAUGAAGGAGAAGAGCCUCCCAUAAUUCUCAGGCCCCAUGUGUUAACUCCCAUAGUUAUUCCGGGCAGUGAUUUCAUCGUGAGAGGACCCAGUCAAGGCAUGGACUUCAACCCCAUGCUUUCGGACGAGACUAAUAUAUGCAACGGUAAGCCGUUAGAUGGACUGACUACUUUGCGCAAUGGGACAUUAGUCGCAUUUCGAGGUCAUUAUUUCUGGAUGCUAAAUCCAUUCAGUCCACCAUCUCCACCUCGCAGAAUUACUGACGUCUGGGGUAUCCCUUCCCCUAUUGAUACUGUUUUCACCAGGUGCAACUGUGAAGGGAAAACUUUCUUUUUUAAGGAUUCUCAGUACUGGCGUUUCACCAAUGAUAGACAAGAUCCAGGGUAUCCUAAACAAAUUGUAAAAGGAUUUGGAGGAUUAAAUGGAAAAAUAGUGGCAGCUCUCUCAAUAGCUAAAUAUAAGGACAGACCUGAAUCUGUGUAUUUUUUCAAGAGAGGUGGCAGAAUUCAGCAGUAUACUUAUAAGCAGGAACCCACCAGAAAAUGCACUGGAAGAAGGCCCACCAUCAACUACCCAGUGUAUGGAGAGGUAACACAGGUGAGGCGCCGGCGCUUCGAGCGGGCCAUCGGACCUGCACAAGUUCAGGCUAUCAGAAUUCAAUACAAGCCCGUCAGAGUCCUCUAUCAAGACAAAGGUUUCCUCCAUAACGAAGUUAAAGUGAGUUCACUGUGGAGAGGACUUCCGAGUGUGGUUACUUCAGCUAUAGCUCUGCCCAACCUCAGAAAACCCGAUGGCUACGAUUAUUAUGCCUUCUCUAAGGAUCAAUACUACAACGUUGAUGUGCCUAGUAGAACAGCAAGAGCCAUUACUACGCGUUCUGGGCAGACCUUAUCCAAAGCCUGGUACAACUGUCCUUAGACUGAUGGGCAAAAGAAGAGUCA